AUGUCUGAUGGUCUGAUAUUUUGCGAGAUAACGACCUCCAUACUGAUGAAUAUGGAUAUCCGGAGUCAGAUAUUCACCACAACUGGAUUGCUUAUACUGGAAUGGACUGACGAACGGUUAAAAUGGCGACCCGAAGAGCACAACGACAUGAAGGAAAUUAUCAUCGAAAUUAAAAAUCUGUGGAGGCCAGAGUUCGCCGUUAUCAACGGAGCCGAGAAAAUUUACGACGAGUACAACCAGUUCCGCGCUGUCGUCUCCUACGCAGGCAUCGUACACUGGGAGCCUGGAGGUGUCUUCGCGACCAUGUGCUCGGUCAACAUAACUUUCUACCCAUUUGACAGGCAGAUGUGCGAGUUGAAAUUUGGUGCCUGGUCCUAUCACACAGACAAGAUGAACCUUACACUACCGACAACCGAGGUCAACUUGGAAAAUUAUAAGGAAAAUGGCGAGUGGGAGAUUGAAGGCUCGAAAGCACAGAGGAGCGAGUUCUCAUACACCUGUUGCCCCGGGCAGAAAUUCUCAAACACCAUAUACACCAUUUAUUUGAGACGUCGUCACUUGUUCUACGUGAUGAACGUCAUAAUGCCGUCAAUCAUGACCUCCAUCCUGCUGCUGUCCAUCUUCUUCUGCACGCCUGCUCAGAAAGUUCAGAUCGGAGUCGUCGUCCUUCUAAGUUUCAGGAUAUUUCUGCUCAACGUCGCCGGCAACAUUCCCAAAACUUCGGACAACAUACCACUUCUCGUUGUCUACCUAACGUGCACACUCGCCAUCACAACGAUGUCCAUGGUGCUGACAGUUCUGGUGUUAAAUUUGUACGGCAUCGCCGAUAGGCCAGUUCCACCCUGGAUGAAGAAACUCUUCUUGGUUCAUCUGGCUAGCUUUCUUGGGAUGUUCCAAACUGCCAGCACCUACAAAGCUCAACUACUUGAAUCGUCAACAGCCACCACGAACAAAUCCUCAGUGGCCAGUACCACAACGGCCUCCUCCAGCAAGCGAACAAACGGUCGAAAGCGGAACGCUCAGAACAAAUCGCACCACCAAUGGGGACAGAACCAAGAAGAACUCGACACAUUAUCCGUCUCAUUAGAAGACAACGGCAAUCAGCAGCAAAAACAACAGUGGAAAAAUUCUCCGAAAAAAUCUUUUGACCACAAACGUCAUCCUCUACCAUUCACGCCUUUAUUCCAGCUGCAACUGCUCCAACACCUUGUCCCGACGGCGUUCAGCGAGCAGGCCGGUAAAGAGGAGCUGACGGAGCAAGCCUACGCAGAAGUGGCCGACGCCAUCAACUACUCGCGCGAGUGGAUACGCCUCGCCGAAGUUUUCGAUAGGUUAUUUUUCUGGCUGUUUCUAGCUGCUAUCGUACUUUCUACCCUGGCCCUCUUCCUUCCGCUCAUGUUUGAUUUGGACGCAAAGAGGAUUUGA